AUUCACCCAUGCUUAACCCCUUCAGCCAAAUGGCUCUUCAAGAUCAACCUAAAAGAUCUUUUAACUGUCCUGAGGAAAAUGAUGAGACACAGAGUGAGGAAUUCCAGUCUGGGCAUCUCCUGACCACAAACACUUCUUGCAAUCACUCAUUUGCCAUAAGUAGGGUGGUGGAAGGACAGACAUUUAGCCACCAAUACAAUCCUACGACACCCAGUCUUACCCAGUCCCGUGAAAAAUGUAUCCAGCAUGACCAGCUCACCAGACCCUGCCACCAGAACUUGUUCCUGAACCAGGUUGGUACUGACAAAAGAGAUCUGGGUGCUAAUCGUGGCUGGCAUUUCCCCUGCUAUCACAGUUCUGGAGGAGGUCAAACAAGCAGUCUACCAUCAUACUUGCCCUCUACUGAUUACCAGACAUACCUGAGUGCGGGCUCUGUUUUUCCCAGUUGGCAUCCUUCCCAUCUGGGUACACACAGCCUCAGCCUUAACAGUCUGGAACAGCCUGGCUCUCUAUACUCUUUUCUCAGAGAUGGAUCUUCCAUCUCCACCAACCAGGCGAUGCUUUUCUCUGGCUUCCACUGUGGAUACAAUGGCCAAGCUCCACUCCAAGUAGACCCUCAAGAUCAUCUCAUCCUCAGUCCUAAAUAUCAGCUGCCCCACAAACUUAAAAAUUCUGACCUCUUAGGAUACACACAUCCAGGUGGCAAUAAAAAGGAUGCCAUUUCUUGCAGACCUGGGCAGAAAAAUCCCUGUAACACACAGCUUUCUUGGGAACAGAGAAAAGUGUUUGUCACAUAUGAGGUGGACAGUGAAGAUCAUCUUAAAGAGAUCAUCAAGUUUGUGGUCUUGUUGAGGAACAACGGAUUUGACACACACAUUGAUGUAUUUGAAGAGCAGCUGUACAGCAUCAGUAAGAUUGACUGCAUGGAAAGAUAUCUCAAUGAGAAAGAUUACCUGAUUAUCAUGGUUAUUAGUCUGAAGUAUUUUGAAACAGUAACAGGUGCUCGUGUAAGUGUGGAAUGUGAUGAGAGGACCUCAAAUACUGUGUAUAUUCACAAGCAGCUUCAGAGUGAAUUCAUUCAGAAUGGCUGCAGGAACUUCAGGGUUGUUCCUGUGCUUUUUCCUGGGGCUAAAAAGAGCUAUGUCCCCCCUUGGCUGCAGAACACACUUAUGUACAGCUGGCCAAGGGACCGGGAUGAUAUUCUGCGCCGACUCAUGCAGGUGGAGAAGUACAACCCACCACCCGUCGGCCCGCUACCAACCAUCGUCUCAAUGCCUCUGUAAUUGACAAAGAUGCAUCUUCUUUAUCUAUCAACAAGAGUGCAGCAGUGACUAAAAGCUAAAAUUUGCCUAGAAAAUGGGGCAUGAACAGUCAUUAUACAAUACAGGUGUCAAAUGUAACACUUGUCAUACAUAAGAACAGAUGUAUUUAAAAGUACAUACACUAUUAUAU